CCAGAGCAUGAUGCUUAAAAAUUUGCUUACUUCAAAGACCCCGUACUUCAAAGUGUCGGAAAUAAUAAUAACCAUUUCCAACAAAGCAAAAAGGCCAGUCCAGAAUGUUUGGCUGCAUGUAUCCAGUGUGGGACAGCACACCACACCUCUUGAGCCCCACCAGGCUGUAUACAGCUCAUAUUCAUGUCACGACCUAUGAGUGCCCCAGUAGAGAGACUUGAGUUAUACAAGCCUAUAAUCAAUAUGCACUGGAAGCGGUACAUGAAACAUCCCGUGUUUUAUUUCUUUGUGCGUUGGCGACUCAGCGGGGGAAGUGAAGCAGCGCCCGAGAUGCCGUCAUAAAACAAAUAUCACAACCUUCUCUCAACCUCACUAAUCUCAUAUCAUGUCGGACCAACCCCGCGGUCGCGGCGGUCGGGGUCGAGGACCGUAUGGCGGUGACCGUGGGGACCGCGGCGGUGGUCGCGGAGGCCGUGGGCGAGGCCGAGGAGAUUUCCGGGAUCUCCCAUAUCGCCCUUCUGAUCGUGGAGGACGUGGUGACUUCCGUGGUGACUUCCGUGGGAAUUUCCGUGGUGGUCGUGGUGGUGAUCGUGGUGGUGAUCAUCGCGGUCGUGGAGACUUCCGGGGUCGCGGCCGAGGAAUGGGCCGUGGUGGUCCUCAGGGCCCUCGAAUCUUUAAUGAGGGCAAGCCUAUUGCCCAGCCUGACACGACCGUCAGCAAGACGGAAGAUGCCAUGGCCAAGGCGCUUGUUGCGAGUCGCCAGAAAAACGCAAAGAACCCUGCUCAGGCAUAUCCCGACCGACCAGGAUAUGGUACUCUCGGUCGGCCUGUCACGCUCUAUGCUAACUAUCUUCCCUUCACCUCUGUGGGCAAGCCCAUCUACCGCUAUCAUGUCUCCAUCGCUGCAGAGGGCGGCCGGGAGCCUGCUGGCCGAAAAGCACGACAUAUUGUGCGUCUCUUGCUGGAGGAGCACUUUGCUGCCAACUUGACGGGCAUCGCAACCGACUACCGCUCGACCCUUCUCUCGGUCGCCAAGCUCACUGAAGGCAAGUUCGACGUGAGAUACAAGGACGAGAGCGAUGAGGAAUAUCCAGAAAACCCCAAGGUGUUCAAAGUCACCACCCAAUACACCGGAGAUAUCAACCCUGUCGACUUGCUCAACUAUCUCACGUCCACCAAUGCUGGCACCAUGCUGGGCACCAAACCCGAAAUCGUCCAGGCCCUGAACGUGAUUCUAGGCCACCAUCCCAAGACCGAGCGCUCCGUGGCCUCCAUCGGGGGCAACAGACAUUACAGCCUGCAAGACGGCAUCAUGGAAAAGGCCAGUCUUGAGGGUGGUCUCGAGGUGCUACGCGGAUUUUUUGUUAGUGUGCGUGCUGCCACAGCCCGUGUCCUGCUAAAUGUCCAAGUCAAAUACUUGGCCUGUUACCAAUCGGGGCGCUUAGAAUGGAUGUUGAAAGAGUGGAUGACCAGCAAUCCCAGACAGAGUAUGCACCGAUUGGAAGCUUUCUUGAAGCGCAUACGAGUUUGCCUUACUCACCUCAAGCGCAAGAGCAAGAGUGGCAAGGAAAGGCCCGCUCGCGUCAAGACUAUUUCCGGCCUAGCAACUCCUCGCGACGGUGGUUCGUCACCCAAUAAGCCAAUGGUUGAGAGUCACGGAGCUGGCCCACACGCCGUCAAGUUCUUUUUAGAUGCUCCUGGCUCGCAAGCUGCACCGCCUUCAAGCGGCGAAGGAAAGGGCAAGAAGGGCAAGAAGAGCCCUGCGAAGGCUGGACCGGCUCCAGCGGGCAAGUACAUUAGCGUUGCUGAUUUCUUCAAGCAAGAGUACAACAUUACGGUGAAUCCCAAUCUCCCUGUUGUCAACGUUGGAACGCGAGAGAGACCUGUCUACCUCCCGGCGGAUGUCUGCUCGGUCGAGGCCGGCCAACCCGUCAAAAGCAAACUCUCCCCCAGGCAAACACAAAACAUGCUCAACUUUGCUGUCAAGGGCCGCAUGCCAUCACAGAAUGCCCAGUCCAUCGUCUCGAAGGGCGUGGGUGUAUUGGGCAUCGGUCAGCCACUGAAUGCCACGCUGGCUUCCUUCGGUAUCAACAUUGGUGACAACCUCAUCACUGUGCAGGGCCGUGUCCUGGACGCUCCCCGCAUUAUGUAUGCCAAGCAAAAAGUGCUUCAGGCCAGGGGCGGCAGUUGGAAUAUGCAGUCCAUUCAGUUCUCCAAACCUGCUUCACUGAAAAAUUGGACUUGGCUUUUCAUCGACGCCCCUAACAGCAGACACGGUCUUACCCCACCAGGGUUGAAUGACUCGCUUGGUCAGUUUGUCCAGACUCUCAGAGACAUGGGUGUUGCAGCAGAAAUGCCUCAUCCGGGAACGAGGGUCCAAUACAACUGGAAUGCCGACAAUCCGACGGCUAUCGAAAACGCCGUCCGUGGCUUGAAAGAAAAAUACAAUCCCCAGCUCGUUCUGGGUAUCCUAUUCGCGAAGGAUACCCAGGUCUACAACACUGUCAAGCAAGUCUGCGAUGUGCGCUGUGGUGUACGAAACGUGAACGUGCAAGCCGAAAAGAUAAGGGAUGCCAAGGUGCAAUAUUUAGCAAAUGUUGGCCUGAAAAUCAAUCUCAAGAUGGGCGGCGCGAACCAGACACUUCGAGCCUCAGACCUGGGCUUCUUCGCCGAUGGUAAAACCAUGCUCGUUGGACUUGACGUCACUCAUCCCUCCCCAGGUUCCACCAGUGCUGCACCUAGUGUUGUCGGCAUCGUCGCUUCAGUCGAUGCACAACUAGCUCAGUGGCCUGCAGACAUCCGCAUUCAGCCAGCACGCCAAGAAAUGGUCUCUGACCUGGACGUGCUCCUCCGGAGCCGUAUCAAAAUCUGGGCAAACCACAAUAAGGGCAAAUUCCCAGAGAACAUCGUCGUUUACCGUGACGGCGUGUCAGAGGGCCAGUACGAUCUAGUCAUCGAAAAGGAACUGCCUCUCCUCAAGAAGGCCUGCGAGACCAUCUACCCAGCUUCAGAUAUUAAGAAGGGUCUUCCCCGCAUGGCCAUUGUCGUCGUUGGUAAACGGCACAACACCCGCUUCUACCCCACAGCCGACGGUGAUGCCGAAAACUCCGCCAACCCCCAGCCGGGCACUGUCGUCGACCGCGGCAUCUCCGAAGCCCGCCACUGGGAUUUCUAUCUGCAAGCACAUUCCGCACUCCAAGGCACAGCCCGUCCAGCCCAUUACUUCACCGUCUGGGAUGAGAUCUUCUACCCCCUCCACCCAGGCGCCGGACCGGGCACCGGCGCCGCCGAUAAACUCCAAGACCUGACACACAAAAUGUGCUACCUCUUCGGCCGAGCCACCAAGGCUGUCAGCGUGUGUCCACCAGCUUACUACGCCGAUCUCGUCUGCACCCGUGCUCGCUGCUACAUGAGCGACUUGUUCGACCCGACACCCUCUGCUACUCCGGCGGGAAGUGUGAUCGGUGGAGAAAGUUAUGACCGUGUGCCCGAGGCCAGCCAAGCAACUAUUCACACCAGCGUCAAGGAUACCAUGUUCUACAUCUAAGUGAGAUAUUCCAACCAUUGGGCGGGCGGGCGGGAGGUUGGAUGAUUUUGGUUUGUAUGAACUUGGUUAUCCUCGGGCGUUUGGACGCCUGGUUUCUUUCUGGGCUGCAAUUGGUGCUGCAGCUUUAUUCGUUCUUCUUGGACGAUUCUGGCUUUUUCUGAAUAUUUUCUGCCGGUUUUUGAUGUCAGUGUCUUCAUUUUUGGAUGCUGCCGCAUCUCUGGAUACCGCUUUUCUUGCCUUUUCAUUGCUUUUUGAUGCUGGCGCUCUUGCAUAUCGCCAUUUUUGCAGAUUUGGAAGCUGCUACUUCCGCGGCUUCGCAUGCCGCUGUCUUCAUCUUUUGUUGCUGCUAUCCUUGCAAUUUUGGAUGAUACUUUUCUUACUGCUUCGGACGCUAUCUUAUCCUGGAGGCUUUGGAUGCCUCCCUCUCUGCAGUUUUUGGUGCUUCUGUCCGCGCGGUAUUUGAUACCGCUGUCAUUGCUGUUUCAACUCUGCUGUCUCUGCAGAUGUAGUUGUCGUUGUCUUCGUCUGUUGACUUUGCUGUUCUCGCGGUAUUGAAUGCCGCAAUCUCCAUGAUCUUCGUUCUUUGGUGUUCGUAUACUCACGGCUCUGGGUGCCGCUGUUCUUGCUGCUUCUGGCGCCAUCCUUGAACUUUUAAAUGCCGCCCUGUUUGCGGUGUUUGAUGCCACUGUCUUUGUUGACACUGUCUUUGUUGUUCCGAACUCUGCAGUCCCUGCCGUCUUCGCCUUUUGGCUCCGCUGUUCUCGCGGUAAUAAAUGUCACGAUUCCCACGACUUUCGUCUGUUGACUUUCGUCUUUUGAUUCUUCAGUCUGCGCAGUAUUUGCUAUCAUCUCUCUUCGUUUUCUGACGCUAAUGUUUGUGCGGCCUUGCAUGUCGCAGUCUUGCCUUUGUGGUGCUGUUGUCCUCGCGGUUUUGAAUGCCGCCAUCUUUGCGUUUACAAUUUCUUUUGGAUGUUUAACUACAUUUCGGAAACGGAAAUACUGGGUCUUUUGGUAAAUUGAUCUAAAUAGCAUAGAAAUUGAGAAUUGAUGCUUAGCCCAACAUAUC